AUUAGCCAUUAUGAAAAGCUCUGUCGCCAUCAUUUUGAUUGAACCUUACUACUUUCAUGCACAAUAGCUUGAUACCACUUUGGCCUCAUAUGGUAGUUGUAUUUUCUGGAGAAGUAGCAAUAGGAUCAUGUAAUCGUUUGGAAUAACAACCGUAGUCUGCCAUAAAUCUAUCCACCCUAUUACAUUUUAAUAAAUAUCAUUGCUUCAAUACUUGUUAUACAGCUGGCAGAGGAGCGCUUAACAGAGCAAGCACAGUCAAAUUUCAAGCAACCCCGCUCACUACCUAAAAUUUCUUUUGUGCCUGAACAAAUACCACCAUGCUGAAUGCCAUUCGUAGGCUACACACUGCACGACAGUCUCUGCCAAAGACUAUCAAGGCCAUUUUGAACGAGAAAGUCCCUGGGGAAACCACUGUCUCCAUUAAUGGUUGGAUCCGAUCAGUUCGAAGCCAGAAAAAUGUGUCAUUCGCCAAUGUCAACGACGGCAGUAAUUUGAAAGGCAUUCAAGCAAUUCUAAACAGCGAUCAAGCCAAGAGCUUGACAACGGGUGCAAGUGUCAAACUCACCGGCCAGUUGGUACCAAGUCCCGGUCAGGAGCAGCAGCACGAACUCAAAGUUGACCAAGUGGAGGUACUGGGCGAGAGUGAUUCCACUUACCCUUUGCAAAAGAAACGACACACCAUGGAAUAUUUACGUGAAAUCGGCCACUUACGGUCAAGAGGAAACACCGGUGCCGCCGUUCUGCGCUUAAGAAACUCUGCUGUGCUUGGGUUUCAAAGGUUUUUCGAGCAAGCAGACUGCGCGAAUGUACAUACGCCUAUCAUCACGUCGCACGAUUGUGAAGGAGGUGGUGAAGUGUUCAAGAUUCUGCCGGCAUCCACCUACACUACUCAGCAGUCAUCGAGCGCAAUGGCACCGUCUGAAUUUUUUAAGAAACCGGUUUAUCUGACAGUGUCAGGACAGCUGCAUGCCGAGAUUCUUGCGUCCUCCAUGGGUAGAGUAUAUACGUUGGGACCAGUGUUUCGAGCCGAAGAAUCCCAAACUUCACGCCAUCUAGCAGAAUUUUGGAUGAUGGAAGCGGAGUUAGCCUUCAUUGACCGUCUGGACCAACUACUAGAUUUCACCGAAGAAUGCUUGGUUUCCGCUACAAAAUACGUGCUUGAGCACUCGAAGGAAGAUCUGGAGUUUUUCAAUCGCUGGACAGAUAAGUCUUUGCUGGAAAGACUAAACAAGACUGUCACUAAGCCGUUUGUGAGAAUGACCUACACGGAGGCCAUCGAAGUAUUGCAACGAGCUCAUGACGCUGGGAAAGUUAAAUUCGAGUUUCCUGUCAAGUGGGGCUCCAGCUUGCAAUCGGAGCAUGAAAGAUACCUCGCCACUCAGCAUUGUCAACAUCCAGUAUUUGUCACCAAUUAUCCAGCCCAUCUAAAGCCUUUCUAUAUGCGCGCUGACCACGUACAAGAUCCUUCAAAACAAACAGUGGGUUGCUUUGACCUAUUAAUACCGUCUAUAGGAGAACUGAUUGGUGGAUCCAUGCGAGAAGAGCGAUACGACAUAUUGCAUCAGAAGAUGAUCGACUCGGAAAUGGACGUUGAAGAGUACAAGUGGUAUCUUGAUUUGCGACGAUAUGGCUCUGUACCACACGGUGGCUAUGGCCUUGGCCUAGAGAGAUAUAUGCUGUGGAUAACUGGUCUUGAGAGUGUACGAGACGUUGUCCCCAUGCCGCGUCACGUAGGUAGUUGCAGAUAUUAGAUUGUUCCUAGAAGGGCCUUGUAUAGUAUAGAAUUGAGCCCAAUAGAUCAGCUUGGGAAUACAACGAAAAUUGAAUAAAAUGGUCAGUCCAUUUCAUAGAGCAUUUUUAUCUAUGUGAUCAAAGUCUCGAUAUCAAUAGCAC